AUAAGCAUGGCGUUUGUAUUCUGCGUUGUUGUCAAUUUUCGUUUUAUUAUUUUGGUUUCAGUUUAAUUUUUGGCUUCUGUUGCCAAAAUAACAUGUAAAAGUGUAGUUACACAAAUGUGAUUUUUAUUUUAAAUACUGCCAUGUGACUUAAUAAGCCCCCAAAGGACCUGUUCGUGUAAACGUUUGCCAUAAAAGCGUGACCUUGAAACGUCGUAUCAACACCACAAAAUAAAUCUCAGUGGCGGUACAAUCCUCCUUUUCAAAUUUGAAAAUAUUAACAAAAACUUUAAAAAUGGAAAGUGGUAAAACUAAUAGGGAAUUACUAGAUAAUAUAGUUAUAGCGGAUAAUUCGGCCACACCCCAGUACAUGAUACAUAGAAUACCUGAAAAUUCUCAACUUCUGAGUUCUGAACUAUUGCAGCAACAUAAUAGUCUUGUUGUGGACUUGGGUGGAAAUGACUUUAUACCAGUUAGUUAUACAUCAGAAGACUUACUGUCACAAGAUUUGACUGAAGAAGACAGAAAUUUAGCUGCAGCUUUAGUUGCUGUCCAACUCAGCCAACAGCAAAAGCAGCAGCAACUUCAAGACGCUACGCUUCCAGCUCUUGUUACAAAUUCAAAUCUAGGAAAUAAAAUUUUGGAAGAUCCCCAAUUAAUUAUCAGCGAAAAGGCUGGUAGUACGAGUUACUUACGUAUUGUCAAUUCGGAAAAUCUAUAUGUCGAACAACAACCACUGCCUAAAUUGGUAGACACCGUAAGAUUCUCCUCGGUAAACCAAAACUUCUCUGAAGGUGCGGUAAUUUCUCCUAUUAAAAAAGAAGAUGAAAAGGCCGAUUCUGACAGAGAAUCUCUAAGAAAUGAUCACCGUUCUUCUAAGAAAAGCUUGCCACACAAAAAGAGAAUUUCACGAAAACUUAAAAAAACCACCACGACUACAGUCAGGAAGAUAGUGUGCAAUUUGUGCGAACAGACAUUUAAUUCUAAUGAUGACUUUGCCCAACACGAACUUUUAUGCCAAACAACGAUUACCCCGAUCAAUCAAACUAGCGUCUUUUCGUGCCAAAUCUGCAACGAACCCUUCCAAGAACAGCUUAGGUUUUUCGAACAUUUAAAAAAGCACUAUGAACCUGGAGGUACUGGCCCUACUUCUGCGAUUCCCUCCACAUCUACGCAGAAAACGGUGGAGGAACCGCACACGGAAAAAGUAAUAGACCAAGCUGAGAACGACCGGCAGGAAAGCUUGUUGUCCAGCCUGUUAAACUUAUCGUGUAUAGAGUGCAAUAAAACUUUUAGGAGGCAAAAAACUUUCGAAGCUCACAUGAGGGACAUCCAUAGCAAUAAAAAUGAACCUCUGGACGAGUUCAGCGAACCGGAGGACCUCAUGGAAGGUAUAAACGUUGUCGUGGACACAACCGAUCCUCAUGACGACGAAGACGACUCAAAGGCCUGGUACAGGGAGGAAGACCUCCACCAAACCGAAGAGGAUUUAAAGGAGUUGGAGGCCGACAACGGCCACAUCUGCCACCUUUGCAAGCAACCCUUCCCUCUGAGGGCCAUUCUACUGCAGCAUUUAGUCACUUGUCGUGCCAGCUCAGGAAAUACAGAAUCGGCCCCGUUGGCAGUGGUCAAAAAUAACAACAAGAAAAACAAGAAGAAAGCGGCGCUUCAGUGUACCGAGUGCGACCGGGUGUUCGCGCACCGCAAUUCCCUGGUGUACCACAUGAGGAGCCACACGGGCAUCAGGCCGCACCAAUGCGACCAAUGCGGCAAGAGCUUCUUCGCUUCCAGCGCUCUGAAAGUGCACUUACGGCUCCACUCCGGCGACAAGCCUUACAGCUGCGAACACUGCGACAAGAAAUUCAGGCAGUGGGGCGACCUUAAGUACCACAUAACCUCCCUGCAUUCGAACGAGAAGAACUUCCAAUGCGAGUAUUGCGGGAAGGAAUUCGCCAGGAAGUACUCCCUGGUGGUUCACCGGCGGAUUCAUACAGGCGAGAAAAAUUACAAGUGCGAAUUCUGUGGGAAGACGUUCCGCGCCUCCUCGUACCUCCAGAACCACCGGAAGAUCCACACGGGCGAGAAGCCCCACAUGUGUUCGAUUUGCGGCAAGCCGUUCCGCGUCAGGUCGGACAUGAAGCGGCACCAAAAGACUCACUCGAAGGGCCCGCCCGCUCACAAGACAUCGUCGAACUUGUCGGCUCUCGCCAAGGUGGAGAAGCAGGAAGUGGAGGAGGUGGAGGAGGAAGAGUUAAGCAGCGAGUUACACAUCGAAGACGAAGAGGCGGCGGGGCACCUUCUGACAGAGUAUAAUCCCGAGCAGUUGGAGGUGGACAGGACGGUUCGAGUACCAAAUAGGAACUUGUACAUAAACGGUCACGAAUUAUUUUUGGUCACUUAUCCCAACGAGAUCCGCGCCGCCGAGCCCUCGUCUUCGACUUCGUCUUGGGUCCACGCAUCUAAUUCUUAGUUUAUUGAACGUUGGUUUACUGUAAAAGGAUAUUUCUACUAUUUACUGAAUAUCAUGUAUAUACACUUUUUUUUAAUUGUAGUUUUUUAAUUACCCGGAGACUGUAUAUAUAUUUUAAAUAAUGUAUCGCCGUACAUUUUUCUGUAAGUAAAAUAUAAGGAAGUUGCUACAUUUUUGUUAAUAAAAUAGUAAAUUGGAAAUAAAUUAUUUACUGAAU